AUGCUCAUCGCGAUAGGAAACGGCAUUAUCAGCUGGCUUCUUGACACUGUUCUCGUGCUCCGCUUUGGAUCGUUUGAGAACUUGCUGGGCCCGCCUGGCUCCGCAAUCCUGCAGACCCUCGUGCUGCGCAUCAGCAAGCCCGGCGCGCUCUUCGCUGUGGGCCCUCGUUCGCCUCGUGGGGUUCUUCUGGUGCCAGACGAGAUACAGGCGAGCUCGCUCACGAUCUAUGCCCUCAGCAGAGACCACGACCUACCAGACGACGGCUUCUUCUUCGGGCGCCCGGGCCCGGCUCGUUCUACAUGGGCGACGGCUGGCUCGGGUGGUGCGUCAACGCCCGCGGCUGCGCCCUGGGCACGUCUGCGUCACAUUCUCGACCCCGAACGCGCUCCCUACCACAGGCACGAACACGAACUAUCCGUUGAGUGCAGGCACUGUACUUAUUUCAGAAGGCAUGCGACUACCAUGGGUCCGGCGCCGAACGUCGACCAGCACGACGACAGGUCGCGGUCGUUGGAGGAAGCUAAAACCAACGAUGUUCACGAGAAAGAACGCGAUGACGGCGCAGCAUAUGGCAAUGCCACAAUCCCCGAUUAUCCCGUUAAGUCCGGAGACGAUCUCCUUGCGUCGAGGCUCCAACGAGCUCCAACGCGCAUGGAUCUGCACGUAACGAGGGAACGCACGCGAUACAAGACAAGUCGUUAUAUUUAG